GAAAAGGUCACAAAAAUCAAGUAUCCGUGCUUUAUAAGAAUGAAACCCAUGAAGCACUCCCAGAGGCGGCUCAAGUAGUAACUCCGGUGGAGGCUCACAGCGGCACCUGGUUUACAACAACGCCUGAAGGAAACCGAAUCGGUACCAAAGGACUAGAAAGGAUAACAGAUCUGGCCCCAUUUUUAUCCUUUCAGGCCACAGAUCCUGUCAAUGGAACGGUUAUGACUACUCGUGAAGAUAAGGUGGUCAUUGUUGAGAAGAAGGAUGGUACACGGAUCGUGGAUCAUGCUGAUGGUACCAGAAUUACAACCUUUUAUCAGGUUUAUGAAGAUCUUAUUAGCCCUCAAGAUGAUGAAAAAACAACUGAAGGUCCCAGGACUGUCACCAGACAGGUGAAGUGCAUGCGGAUAGAAAGCUCACACUAUGCCACUGUUAUCACCAACUGUGAGGACAGCAGCUGCUGUGCCACCUUUGGGGAUGGAACGUCUAUUAUUGCAAAGCCACAGGGAACAUACCAGGUGCUACCCCCAAACACAGGCUGCCUUUAUAUUGAUAAAGACUGUUCAGCCACCUACUGCCAUGAAUCAAGGAGUAAUAUCUACCAUCCCUUCCAAAAGCGUGAGCAGCUAAGAGCCAGUAGGUACAUCAUGAAGCACACAACAGAGGUGAUCUGUGAGGUCCUGGAUCCUGAGGGAAACACCUUUCAGGUCAUGGCCGAUGGGACUGCAUCAACUAUGCUACCUGAAAAAAAAGUGGAAGAUGAUUUCAAUGAAAAAACUGAGGGCUAUGAUAGUUUAUCAUCAGUUCACCUUGAAAAGAAUCAUAUGCAAAUCUAUGGUGAACAUGUUCCCAGGUUUUUCGUUGUCUAUGCUGAUGGAUCAGGAGUGGAACUUCUCCGAGACAGUGACAUAGAAGAAUAUUUAUCCUUGGCCUAUGCAGAAUCAACUACUGUGGUUCUCCAGGACCCCGUGCAAGAACACCCAGGUGCCCUGAGCAUCACAGUCCUUCGCCCUUUCCAUGAAGCAUCACCAUGGCUGAUGAAGAAGGAGUUGGAUACCAUUGUUCCUCCUAAUCUCCAGUCAAGGUCUUGGGAAAAGUUUCCUCCAGUUGAGAAAAAGACUCCAGGACCUCCGUUUGGCACUCAGAUCUGGAAGGGCCUCUGCAUUGGGUCUAAACAGUUAACGAGUGCCCCAGCCCCUAUACUCAAGGACCCCAAGGUGCUACAGAUGCGCCAGUUCAUCCAGCAUGAGGUCAUAAAGAAUGAGGUGAAACUGAGGUUGCAGACUUCUCUUAAGGAUUAUAUAAACCAUAUUCUAAAGAAAGAAGAUGAGCUGCAGGAAAUGACAGUGAAGGACUCCAGAACUGAGGAGGAGCGGGGCAAUGCUGCGGAUCUCCUCAGGCUAGUUACGUCUUUCCCUAAAAUGGAGGAAACUACAAAAAGUCACGCUACUGAAGUUGCAGCCCACCUAAGUGACUUAUUCAAGCACUCUGUGGCUUCUCCUACAAAAUGUCCACCAGAAGCAUUGACAAAGGAGUUCUUCAAAAAAAAAUGGAGGGACACAUCAACAGCAAAGCACUGGAAAGAGAGGCUGGAACAACAGAGGAAUGAUAUUAAGAGAACACAACAAUAUCUACUGGACAUUAGGAACAAAGAAGUAACAUCUUAUUUUAAAUCUGAAUUGAGCCACUUAUUUAAGUCUCAGUAUAAUUAUCUGGACAAGCUUUCCAAAAACCUGCCUCCUCUCACGAAGAAAGACGAAGAUACAAGCAAAACAGCUGCUCAAGACACAUCUCGGCUUCAGUUGGAUUCUGAACUACCUGCAGUUGAAGAAAAAGAGCCCUCAAAUUUGUCUCCUCUCCCAAAACGAGAAAUUUCUGAGGAGUCUACUAAACAAAACAAAGCUGAAAAUUUAACAAAACCUUCCAAGGAAUCUGCUAGCCAAAAUCAAAUUGAAAAUUUAACAAAAUCUACCGAAGAGUAUGCGAGUCAAAACCAAAGCGAAAAAAUAACCUUCGAACCGACUGAAGGUAUGGCCGUGGUUCGCCUCAUCUCACUGUUUCACAAACUGAAUGCUCUUAUCGCUUCAGACUGUGGGAGAUGA